AUGAGUGCCAGCAAGCUCUCUAUCUUUGCGCCCAACAGCCACCCACCUCUCAGCUCAACGCAACUCAAGAUGGACGCGCGCACGUCUCGUUCACCCGCACCCCGCUGGCCGUUCUUUCGUCGCCUGCGCGCGCUGCUGCUCGUCGUUGCGCGCCUCUCCUUUCACCUCCCCGUCGCCACCAUCAGCGCAAUCCGGGACCGCGCUCGCCCCCGCGCAUCAAUCCAGGCGGCUUCCCCCGCCGCCGCGGGCAUGCGCGUGAGCCGCAGCGAGCCGUCGCUUUUAGCCCUCGCUGGCGAUGACGCGCUGCCAGAAGCGGCGCCGCGACGCGCAGCGGGAAGCGGAGAGCUCGCAGCGGCGGUCUCGUCGCCUUUAGCGCGCGAUACUGCCGUCAACGCUGAUGGCGGCUCCAGCGUGUUUGAGUAUCUGGACGGUGGGCCUGUCUUCCCCGACGAUGCACCACCAGUGGAGGGUGUGGGCGAGGAGAGGGCGAGGAGGGUGUUUCGCGACGUCAGUGCCGCACUGCUUUACGUGCACAGCCAGGGAGUGGUUCACAACGACAUCAAGCCAGCCAACAUUCUCUGCACGGAGCACGGCACGGCCAAGCUCGCUGACUUUGGUGUCUGCCAGGAGGUCACCUCCCCUGAUGACCUGCAGCGCCGGAGCCCUGGUACCCCCGCCUUCACUGCUCCUGAGUGCUGCACUGGAGAGCCGUUCAAGGGCAUGGCAGCAGACACAUGGGCGCUGGGGUGCACGCUCUAUGCCAUGGUGUGUGGGCGCCACCCCUUCCUUGGGACCUCACUCAUGGAUACCUACGACAAGAUCCAAUCUGAGCCGUUGAUUCUGCCACCAGACAUGACUCCCUCGUUGGCAGAUCUCCUCACCAGGCUUCUGCACAAAGGCAUGCCUACCUACCAUGCCUCCAUACAUCACAGCAGCACCCAUCACCCAUGCAUCACAGCAUAA